UUGUAAAUUGCGCAAUGAUUGUAGAGAUAACAUCGGCGCAAAUUGAUCUCGGAUUGGAACCUUCGUAAGUUUUCCAUUGUUGGUAGAAUCAAUUUAAACGAGUGGUAAUUUUGUGCAGGUGCUGAUGUUCCCGGAAGAAGGCUGGGCGCGAAGCGCGUCGUCUUCCUACUGGACAUUGCAGCCGUGCUGGUGGCGGCGCUCCAGAUGCAAGGUGGUCGAAGUGGCGGGUACCAGGAGACACAGCACCCACGCACAAAUGGUCGUGAGCGGUGUGAACGCUGUCUACAUCGUCGGCACAUUCAAACAUCUCGGCACCGACGCUGAUUUUAAGCUGUACCUGACAACAAAUGUAACACAAGCUGAUUUCAACAUGGGGUACACGAUGACUGGGACCCUGGAGCGAGGCAGUCGCACCACCAACACCUUCCAAGUGACGCACUUCGCCGUCCUGCGCCGGUGCGACCACGACGCUCACCAUCUCAAGACAUCUUAAAUAAGUGUUGUUUGAAAAAUGGUUGUGUUAUAGAAAUUGAUGUUAAACUCAGGAUAGUGAAGAGGCUCUGAAAUAUGUCAGGGCUAUGGAAGUUACUGUAGAGAUUUGGCUAACACGCCUGCAUAUAGAGCAAACGAGAUUGCUCCCAUGAAUUUAAAAAUAUUUUUUUCAUCUUCAAAAUCUCACGUAAAAUAGUGUCGUUUACUUGAAAUACAUGACUUAAGGCCUUAGGCCUUACCGCCAAGGACUAUAAUAUUUUCCAUUUUUAAUCGAAACGAAAUUGCAGUAAAUAUUAUUUUAUCGCACAAAACUUCGCCUAUUAGUUUAUGCUGAUAACUUCGAGCCUGAAACACAAUUUAAUAGUCAAACUAGAUUUCUUAAUUGAGUUAGUCAUUAGUAAUGAUCUCAACUAUUAUUUUCUAGUCAUUUUCUAAGUCAUUCUUUUUCUUAGGAUUAUAUUGCCAAGCGAUAUGACGAUCUCAUUUUAAGCAUUUAUUUGAUUAUUAUAUUAGUAAUCAUAUUUAAUACAUCGUUUUAUUAUAAUCAUAGAUUUUUUGUUGUAGAAAUGUAGGAAAACUAGUUAAUGUACAUAACUUAUCCCCUUAUAUUAUUAAUUACGAUAUUAUGUACAGUCGCUUCGUAGUAGUAGAUGUAGAAAUAAUUAAUAAUUUAUUUUUAUAACAUUCUUGUAUUUAAUAUGUAACGUAGAAUUAUAUUCGUUUUUAAUGUGCAGUAGGGACCGAGUAAGGCAUUAAUACUUUUUAUAAUAUAAUAAUAAGUCCGGAGUCAUGCGUACCUGCCUUAUGUUUCAUCAUUAUAGUAAAGAAAGCCGUCUGGUGUAUUACUUCAAUGUAGGUAAUCGUAGUAUUUUGGAUUUUUCUGUUCAUCGAAAAAAUAUUGAUAAGUGAAUUGAAAUUCAUUUUAAAAUGGCUGUGAGCGAGAUGUAGUGUGGCUCCUUCGCGCUUCGGUGAACAAAAUAAUAAUAUAUUGGACCGCUUCGUACAUAUAUCGAUCUGAACCUCUCGUUUUGUAAUGUAUUCGAGCAAUGUGGACAUAUUUUGUUUUGUCCAUGUACAAUUAAAUAUUUAAUACCACUUACCAUGAAUAUCACCAUUCGAUAUCCUAAGCAAUUUUUUUAAAUUUUCAUAUUAUACGAAUGAUAAAAACUUUAUCGAAUGCGGUACAAUAGAUCGUAACUAAUUAUCUAGACGGAAAUCUUUCUAGAGACAACUAAUUGUAUUAGACGUAAGUGAAAUCUAUGCAUUAAGUUGUUUGAUGUAAAAGGGUUGAUGAAUGCAAACGUCCAAUAUCGCACUCCCUCCAGUGUUUACACACAUCAUUUUUGUACAAAAUUACUAUGUAUUUUAUGGCUCCUAUUUGGCAAUUUUUUCUAGUAAGCAGUAGUGUAUGUAACGAUUUUUGCUCACGUAUCACGUAUAUUUAGUAAUUUUUUUACACGUGCAUAGUAUUUUCAUUCAUUAGAAUAUUUCAUUGUGCAUUUUCCUGUGGCUAACCUAUAUUUUUUAUUAUAUGAUAUAAAAUUCGUAGGAACGCCUCAGUUUAGGAUCGAAACUUUUCUGCAAUUGGUAAAGACUAGUAGAUGUUUUUGAAUUCGACCGCUUCAAGAAGAAUAAGGCAUUUAGUACUUAGACUUAACCUGAAUGAUAAAUUAGGAUUUAGUAAUUUUAACCCUAGUAAGUUUAGGUGACGUUAAUCCGGGUGUCUACCGACAUUAUUUGUUGUUUAAAAUAGACCCUAAUGAUUUCUUAAUUAAAAUAUGACGUAUCCUAAAAUGGCUGCCACUUAUUGCUACUUUUAUAUCACAUUUCAAAUGAACUAAACUCAUUUUAUAUAAAUUAUAUUUAUCUUAUUUGUAUUGUCAGGUUUACUGUGGAAGGGUGUAGAGAACAGUAAAUAUUUCGAAUGCCCUGGCAUACUAACUGUUAUUGUUCCUGAACAAUAACAGUCUAUUGCAACCGUGGCCCUACGAAUCACGUAUCGACAAUAAUUUGUCGAGAUUGCUUACACUACUGCAUUAUACGAUAAACAUUAUCCGAAAUAGACUCUAAAGGAUGUACUACGUAUUAAAUAGUUUGCACGUUGUUGCAGUGAUAAUUGCAAUGUAUUUAGUAUUCAUUUGACUAUUGUCUUGGUAUUAAUUCUGUAUUUCGUGGAUGUUGUAUAUAAUUCACAGUAUAAAUUGGAGUAGGCCUUCAUAGGAAUUGUAAGCAAAUAUCGCUGAAUGAUCUUAAUGAGAAAUUUCCUGGAGAAUUCUCCGCUGUAUGUUCUAUGCAUCCACAUUCCAAUGCAAUUGAUGUCUAUUAACAAUUAAUUCUCUGAUAGAUUAAACAUAAAACAAAAUGUUUCUAAUAGUUACUGAUGUACAGGAAAUAUUUUCAUUGUAAUCUUCUCUUGCAGGUGAUUUCUAUUUUUUCGUAAAAAAAUCUUUAUAACAUAAUAUCAAGAUUACAAAUUGUCUUAAUUAACUCAAUUAAAAUACAUAAUAUAAUUAAAUAAUCAUGUUCCAAUUUCUGUAAAUGAAUAUUAAUAACAAAUUCAUAGAUAUUGUAAUAAGCAACCCACUUUAAUUAUAAUACGGAUAACUUUAUCCAGUAAUGGAAAUGUUUCAUCACAUCCAUACUAAUGUUGUUGACUAAACAUAAAUAUGCAAAUGGUACACCCGAUACAAAUCCCUCUUGGGAGUAAACCGUUUCUCUCUUCAAGUAUUAGUAUCACGAUCCCUGUAUCUUAGAGCUCAGGGUCUGUCCUGAUCACAAACUUUUUGAAUUAUUUAAUUAUGUUUAAAAGAAUAAUUUCUAAUUUUUACUAUUAUACACGUGAAAGGUUAUAAGGAUGGAAAAUUUGGUACACAGAGUCCUUUAUUAACACAAUCUAUUUAACCCGAAAGGGUACAUUAGGACUCUUAUUCCGAGAAUGGGUUUACGCGAGCAAAGCCGCGGGAAAGCCAGUACGAAAUAAAAACAAAUAUGUAAAUGGAUGUUAAAUAAAAUGAUACACGGUUGUGAAGUAAAGCUGAGGCAAAUACAUGUAGUUUAAUGCUUCCCCUGCAAUUCCCAUUAGCAAAGUGGUUCAAUUAAAAAUAUUUACACAGCUCGUGACAAACAAAAGUACAUGCACAUCCAUUUAGAUCUCUGUAGAACAAACUAGUCUGUUUACUUAAACGUAGUUCAAGUAUUAGUCGUAAUUAAAGUGCCAAAGACAAUUAGGGAGCUUUUAAUGUAAGUUUCAAUUUAAUGUAAGACUAUUGUAAAUA